AAAUAAGAGUCAGUUAGAAGUACAUACUUGUCUGUUUCGCGGCGUACAUGCGAUUGUCUGAACGCAUCAUCACCGGCGAGUAUGGAGGCAAGCUUGGGAGAUUCUCGUAGCCGCCGGCAUGGGAAGGAGAUGAAUCAAUCCGAUCUGUUUAAAAAGCCGAAGAUUCCGUUGGCCUUCGCGUUAAUUCUCGCUGAUGCAAUCCUCGUCGCACUGAUCAUCGCAUAUGUUCCAUACACGAAGAUCGAUUGGGAUGCUUACAUGUCACAGGUUAGUGGGUUUCUCGGGGGAGAGAGAGAGUAUGGGAAGCUGAAAGGCGAUACAGGGCCAUUGGUUUAUCCGGCGGGUUUCCUCUAUGUUUACUCGGCAGUGCAGGAGUUAACCGGAGGGGAAGUAUACCCAGCUCAGAUUCUUUUUGGUGCUCUCUACAUUGCCAAUCUGGCGAUCGUCUUGUUCAUCUAUGUGAAGACUGAUGUGGUGCCAUGGUGGGCGCUUUCUCUGCUGUGUUUAUCCAAGAGAAUACAUUCAAUCUUUGUUCUCCGUCUCUUUAAUGAUUGUUUCGCCAUGACUCUCCUACAUGCAUCAAUGGCUCUUUUUCUCUAUCGCAAAUGGCAUCUCGGCAUGCUUGUUUUCAGCGGAGCUGUUUCUAUAAAGAUGAAUGUACUUUUGUAUGCUCCACCUUUGUUACUUCUGCUACUAAAGGCCAUGAACAUUAUUGGAGUGGUAUCUGCUUUAGCUGGUGCAGCUAUUGUUCAGAUACUCGUGGGGUUGCCCUUUCUGAUAACAUAUCCGGUUUCCUACAUUGCGAACGCCUUUGAUCUUGGACGUGUUUUUAUUCACUUCUGGUCUGUUAACUUCAAGUUUGUUCCAGAACGAGUUUUUGUGUCCAAAGAAUUUGCAGUAUGCUUGCUCAUUGCUCAGCUUUGUCUCCUUGCGGCGUUUGCAAAUUUUAGAUGGUGCAAGCAAGAAGGCGGGAUUAUAGGCUUCAUGCGUUCUAGGCAUUUCUUCUUGACGCUUCCAUCUUCGCUCUCGCUCAGUGAUUUCUCAAACUCAGAGAUUCUUACGAAAGAACAUAUUGUGACGACCAUGUUUGUUGGGAAUUUCAUUGGCAUUGUAUGUGCUCGGUCUCUGCACUACCAGUUCUACUCAUGGUACUUUUACUCGCUGCCUUUUCUGCUAUGGAGAACAUCGUUUCCUACUUGGCUGCGGUUGAUAUUGUUCGUGGGUAUCGAGCUGUGCUGGAACGUGUAUCCAUCAACAAGAGUCUCCUCGGCUUUGUUACUGUGUCUUCACUUGACCGUCCUAUUGGGUAUCUGGUUUGCUCCUUCAGAUAAUCCUUACCAACUCAAACAAAACCAAAACCAAAGACGUCACAGUAAGCACAUGUGAACCUUUGAUGUUCUUCUUAUUUGUCAAGAUUUGCUAGAGAUUAAGCUAAAGAAUUACAACUCGACUUUAUAUAUGUGACUUUUCUAAUCAUGGUGAUUUUAUAAUUGGGUUUUUUCACUUUGUUUUUUCUCCAAAUUGUACGUGUGUUGUAAUGUUUUUCUUCGUAAAAGUAAACGUUCAGCUUUUACAGUUUAACAUGUACGUAGAAUCAGGAAAUGUAAUUUUAAAAAAACCACUAGAAUCUGGAAAUGUUGCAUUGCAUUCGUUAAUUUACACAAUCAUAAAUCUUGGUCGUUGUCAUCUCGAUCUUGGCAUAGUGGGGUGAUUUCAGGAUGAAAACAAAUGAUUUCACUUUUUUUUUGUUUCUUUCCAAAAGCUAUUGAUGUCGUCACAGGUGUUUGUUCUACUUGGGUUAUAUGAUUCGUAAGUCGCCACCAAGGAGAGAAAGAACUUAUUUCGUACGGCCUAGUCAGUUCUCAUCUCUAGGAACAAUUUGAUUUGCUUUCCUACUAAAAGAAUAGCAUAUUUUCUUUAUAAAAAAAGGGUUUGUGGUAGUUCAUAAUCGUUAUGCGCGUAAACUGGGUUCUUAGCUUUUCCUUGAAUUGACGCGGUGUAGAAUAUAUGUGCUUCUUUAGGAAUAACCUGUUCUUGCAACUGCUAAAUCAGAUGGUGACUUGCAGAUUAGACCUUUCACUCUUGUUCUGUUACUCGGUUGAGUCCAUGGUAAUAAUAUCUUUCGUCCUUUUUCUCUCUUUCCUUCGAGUAAAUUUCUCUGUCUCUGAACUUGAUCAUGUAGCAUAGAACCUUGUUAUUUAUGAAUUAUGAUCAACACGGGUCAACCCGGUAUGGGAGUGGAAUCAUGCUGAAUCUAAAGGGCAAGUAAAUAAAUCAGUAAAAAGACCUAAUUUUUCUAUCCCCUUCAUGAUUCGUGUCGUUAGGACAUGAUGGCUUGGGAUUUUCUCUGUGUUCUUGGUUUAUUGGUCACUGUCUGUCCUUGUGUACUGUUGGUCAUUACCUAAAGGAAGUAAACAAAUGAGCUUUUCAGUUGUAGAAACCUUUUAUGGUCUCGUGAUGUUUCUGUUUAACCUUGGUAGAAAACUGUCUCCGUUAAAACAUUGGCUUGACGCCAGAAAUAGGAAGACGUGGGUUUUUUUGCAUAGCCUUUUGCUUCACCUUGUCUCUCUAUUUUUAUUUCUUUUACUUAAUUUUGUUCUUUACCAUGCAUGUGUCAUCUCCAUUUAUUUUUCUUUCUCUUAAUACAUAGGAUAAGACUUGGUGGUUACAUAGUCUCGUGAUACAUAUAAUUUGCAGUGUUCUGCAUCCAUUGAACCUAAAUGAAAAUCUUUACUCUUGCAAAUAUUCAUAGUCACCUUUCAGAUUUGCCUUACAUAGACAACUUCUUCUUACAGUUGAUAACAGCUUGUCUGUUGCUUUUUUGUUGAUUGUGGAUUCCAUUAACACAAAAAAAAUUCCAAGAAAAGUGAAGUUUUGAUCCUUUUCACAAGUUGCACAGGAAUAAUUAAUAUAUCACUGAUAGGAGUCAAAAGUUUGAUUGUGACAUUAGAACUUGUUUUUCGUAUGGGAAUGGUGAGAAGUGAAUCACUAUGCAUGGAUUACUCCGAAAAGGGUUAAUAGUGAGAUGAAUUAUAUGCUAAACUGAGUCACCAAAAGGUCAGAGAGAUCCAAGUCUAGCUUUUUGUAUGCUUUGUUUGUCACUAAGCUUUCUGCAGAUGGAAAAAGAAUCCACCCCAAUAGCCUCCACAAUGUCUGGUUAGAGUUGUUCCUCUUGAGGGACAGAGCAGCGUCAGCAAUUGUUUAGUUAGUGGUGGACUUUCGCUCGCUACAUUAUCAGAUGCGGCGAGCACCAAACGCAUCAUGUUUUAAAAGCUUGAUGAUCAUGACAGUGGUUGAUCAUAAAAUCAAUGUGGUCCCUUUUUGAUAAAAAAAAUGGAUGGUUGAGAUUGUUUCUAUGAUUCUCAUGCUGAACAAAGUCUCUUCAUAAAUGUUAACGACUCUUCUUUUGUAGCUGUAACAUGACUCAUGCUGUUAUUGAUUAUUCUUAUGCAUAGCCAUUAAGGUUCCCUAUUUGAGCUGCUAAUGACCCUAAGAGGUGUUGUGUGACAAAAAGUCAACUUAAAACUGAUAUGCAAGAUUUGGUUCAAAGUAAAAAGUAGAGAGAAGCUAUGUGUUUACGCAAUAUUGUUUUGUUAGUGUCUUUAAGUACAUAUAUUUCUUAUACGUAUUGUCCUUGACAUUGAGCUUGCAUUAUUGAUGAUAUCAGCACUGAUCUUUUUAUUUAUUUAUUUAUUUUCCGUUAACUGAUCAAUUGUAAGGACAAAGUUAAUAUCCAUUUCUAGGUACGUAAAUAUGGGUAAACCCACUAUAAAUACACCUCCUUGCUUUGAGUCCUGAGGCAUUCAUUGCCUCUCUUCUUCUUCUCCUUCUUCUUCUAUUAAGCUGAAAGAUGUAUGAAAUAAAGCUUGGUUACAGCUACAAGGGUGACAAUGCAGUAAGAGAGCUCGAGAGGAUCACCUCGAAAGCUGCCGAAGUUCAAGAUAACAUUUUAUGUGAGAUCUUGGAACGAAACAAGGACACACAGUAUUUGAGUAAGUACAUGAAAGGCUCUAAGGACGUUCUGGAGUUUAGGCGCGCUGUGCCAAUCAUCAAGUACAAAGAUGUCUGUCCUUACAUCCAGAGAAUUGCAAAUGGGGAAGACUCUUCUCUUAUCACUGGUCAUCCAAUCACUGAAAUAUUAUGCAGCUCAGGGACUUCUGGUGGAGAGCCAAAGCUAAUGCCAACCAUUUCUGAAGAUCUUGAUCGCCGCACUUUUCUCUACAAUCUUAUUACUCCAAUCGUUAACAAGUAUAUAGCUGGACUUGACAAAGGAAAAGCGAUGUACCUAAAUUUCGUGAAAGCAGAAACGUCAACUCCUUGUGGUUUACCAAUCCGAGCAGUCCUCACAAGCUACUACAAGAGCAAACAUUUCCAAUGCAGGGCUUACGAUCCAUUCAACGACUUAACCAGUCCGAUCCAAACCAUCCUCUGUGAAGACAGCAACCAAAGCAUGUACUGUCAGUUACUAGCCGCUCUAAUCCACCGCCACAAAGUCAUGCGUUUGGGAGCUGUCUUUGCUUCAGCGUUUCUCCGUGCAAUCUCUUAUCUGGAGCAAAAAUGGAGCCAGCUCUGUCAAGACAUCCGCACCGGUCAUCUCAGCACCAUGAUCACCGAUCCAGGAUGCCAGAUGGCCAUGUCCUCCCUUCUAGCGUCGCCGGAUCCAGAGUUAGCUAACGAGAUCGAGCAAAUCUGUGGACGCUCGUCGUGGAAAGGGAUUCUCUGUCAGCUGUGGCCCAAAGCAAAGUUCAUUGAAGCAGUAGUGACGGGCUCAAUGGCACAGUACGUACCAGCGCUCGAGUUCUUUAGCCAAGGCAAGAUUCCAUUGGUUUGUCCAAUGUAUGCUUCCUCCGAGACUUACUUUGGAGUCAACGUGAAGCCACUCUCGAAACCAUCCGACGUCGUUUUCACACUCUUGCCUAACAUGUGCUACUACGAGUUUAUCCCUCUCGGCAAAAACGGGACCCUCUCCUUUGACCAAGACGACGAUGAUGAAGUCUCCUGCGAGAAAGUAGUUGACUUGGUCAGUGUCCAACUCGGUCGCUACUACGAGUUGGUGGUCACAACUUUCGCAGGGUUGUACCGUUACCGGAUCGGCGAUGUUGUUCAAGUGGCGGGUUUCUACAACAAAGCACCACAGUUCCGGUUUAUAUGCAGGAGAAACGUGGUUCUGAGCGUGGAUUUAGACAAAACCAACGAGGAAGACCUUCACAGGAGCAUCACGCUAGCCAAGAAGAAGCUUGAGAACAAGGCAUUCCUCGCGGAAUACACGAGCUACGCGGACACGUCAUCAGUGCCAGGUCACUACGUGCUCUUCUGGGAGAUCCAAGGGCUCGAACCCGGAGGCCAGCAGCUGGAGCCGAGGCUGAUGGAAGAGUGUUGCAUUGCGGUUGAGGAAGAGCUCGAUUACAUUUACAGACAGUGCAGGACGAAAGAGAGAUCGAUAGGGGCGUUAGAGAUAAGAGUGGUGAAGCCAGGAACCUUCGAGGAACUGAUGGAUCUGAUAAUUAGCCAAGGAGGCUCGUUUAAUCAGUACAAAACCCCGAGAUGUGUCAAGCCCAACACUGCUACGCUCAACCUCUUGAACGCCCACGUCACCGCUUCCUUCUUUAGCCCUCGUUACCCUACUUGGGCCCCAUGACCCAUCCAUUCGAGGGAGACUCUCGGACCUAAUAAGAUCUUUUAGUGUUGCUGCUCUUUUAAGGUGUUGUUGCUACGCCUAAGAGCCUACUAGUUUUCUGAUUAAAAGAAGAUUUUGUUAUCUUGGUUUAGUUUUGAAAACGCUACUAAAUUAAAGCAUUUAAGCAAAAUAUAUAAAACAUACGCAAUCAUGCAUCGAACGUUCAAAAAGAUCAUCAGUCUUUAGCUACAUGCAUAUUUACAU